AUCCCGACCUUCUUCCGCCCGAAGAAGAUUAACGUCGGCUUCCUCGCGUCGGAGCUCAGAGCCACCGCGCACCGCGUCGCGCUCCAGUACAAGGAGCGCGGCCUCCUCGAAGACGACGAGUUGGAGGACCUGUGGGGCCGCAUCACGGACUCGAGGAUAUCGUACGAGGAACUGCGCGUCGUCCGAGACGAUUUCGCGGCGGCGCUGGAUGCCGCCAACCCCGGUGGCGACGGCGCGGGACGCGUGGCGCACUACUUCACCGCGAAGACGUUCGCGCGGUUCGCCCGCGACGCGCACGGUCGGAUCAACGGGAGAACGUUCAUGGAGUUUGUGGUUCGACACGUCGCGCUCACGCAGUCGCGGAUUAACCUCGGGUGCCACGACUCGGACGCGGACGGGUGGCUCACGGAGGACGAUCUGGAGGCUUUCGUCGGAAGAUCGGUGACGACGAUGACCGCGCUGCAGUCGCUCCCGAUGGGAUUCGCCAACCAGUACAGGCGCAUCGCCACUCGAAGGUUCAUGUUCUUCAACGACCCUCGGCGACGGGGUAAGGCUCGCAUAAGCGCGUUGCUCGCCAGCGACGCGCUCUCCGAAUUUAACGAGCUGCACGCCGCGAGAGAGGACGACCCGAGCCUGGCGAAGAACUGGUUCUCGCUCGCGUCCGCGCAGAGGGUGUACAAGUCCUACCUGGAUCUGGACCUGGACAUGAACGGGACUCUGUCAAAGGCGGAGCUCAAGAAGUACACGGUUGACCCGCGGAACGCAGCCUUGGGGUGCACCGCUCAAGGGCUGACGGACUUAUUCGUGGACAGGCUGUUCGAGGAGCACUCGAAGGCGAUGGAGUCGGAGAUGGACUUUCACGCCUUCCUGGACUUUGUGCUCGCGUGGAGCGAUAAGGAACAUCCCGCCAGCCUGGCGUAUUUCUUCCGCGUCCUCGACGUGAACAGGACGGGCGCGCUGACAAACGCGGAGAUCUGGACGUUUCUCAAGUCCAUCCACGAGACCUGGACGUCGGACCCGGACAACUACGACCUGAACAUGCUGGACGUUCAGGACGAGAUCUUCGACAUGGUCAAACCCGCGGAAGCCGGGAGGAUCACCCUCGAGGACCUGCAGCGGUGCGGCUGCGCGGGGACGGUCAUCGAGAUUCUCUGCGAUCACACCGGGUUCUGGAGGUACGAUAACAGGGAGAACUUGCCGCACGACGACGAGGAAGAAGAGGGUGA